AUGUUUGUAAAACAACAGGGCGGACUAGCGUUGGUGUCUGCAGUGGCUGCUACUUCCUUACUUUACUACUUGUUUCACUCCACCACUCAUGCUGCUCAUGUCGUUGAAAGCGUUCGAAAAAGGGGAAUCUCUAAACGAAAAUUGUUAACAAGACCAGAAGAAAAAUAUGCCAGUUUAAAGGUUGAAAAGCGAUUUGUCAAUCCUUUUGAAGAGUGGACAGAAAUACCUUUUUAUAAGACUGCGUUAUUUUGGAUGGGUCGAUGGAAAGGAAAUGGUAUUCCUUCAUGUGAAAAAGAGUUGGAUAAAACUUUACCUGUGAUGAAACCAGACUUAAAUCGUAUUAAAACGUCUAAUGCAGUAACAUUUACUUGGUUCGGGCAAUCCACUUGUCUCAUGACACUUGACGGGUUGACUAUUUUGUCUGAUCCGGUGUUUAGUAAAUGCUCGAUUAACGAUUAUCUUGGUCCCAAAAGAUUAAGACCUAUACCAUGCCAACUAGAAGACUUUAUUGACACUGUGGAUAUUGUUGUUGUCUCACACGAUCAUUUUGACCACUUGGACGAAGCAGCUGUACAUAAAUUGGGAAAUUCCGUCGUUUGGUACAUCCCGCUUGGCUUGAAGAAUUGGUUUUUAAAGCGAGGCAUUCAAAAUGUGAUAGAAUUAGAUUGGUGGCAAGAAGUAACGCAUGAAAAUAGACCGGAUGUAGUGAUCUCUUGUGUGCCUGCCAUGCAUUGGAGUGGAUCUAGAACUCCGUUUGAAAAAAAUAAUACCUUGUGUGGUGAUACGGGCUACAGUCCAGAAUUGUUCAAGGCGAUCGGUGAUAGAUAUGCACCAAUCACAUUGGCGGCUAUUCCCAUUGGCAGCUUCAUGCCUACAAAAUUAAUGCAGCAUCUCCAUAUGGGACCUGAGGAUGCCAUCAAGGCCCAUUAUGAUUUAGGCUGUCCCAGGCUAUCUGUAGGUAUUCAUUGGGGCACAUUUAUGAUGUCAGAUGAACAUUAUUUAGCACCACGACAGGUACUGGAACGGGUUUGGGAAACCUAUCAAGCGGAAAAACAAGACAAUGACAUGCAAUCCAUGAAUUAUGUAAAAGACACUAAAUUCACCACUACUGCAUUUGGUCAAACUGUUAUUUUAGACUAA